AUGCUUCACCGUACCAAAUACAACCGCUUCAGGAAUGAGUCAGUAACAUCUGUCGAUGAUCUUCUCCACGGCCUGUCCAUGAAUCCCAAGGUCUCGGCUACCCCCCACUCUGCAGCCGAGACAUCUUACACACCCCCGACUGAGCUCCAGUCCUCCACCACCACCACCACCGCUCCCAGCACUGCCCCCGGCCACGGGUCUGACCACCUGGAAGAUGGAGGCACCCUCUGCACCCUCAUCAACAAGGUGUCCAGCCUGAAAUUCAGCAACUCAGGCAGCUUGCUGGGCAUCAAGGGUCUGCCCUCGGCUGUCAAGGACCUGGCUGUGUCUAAGCUGCAGGGGGGUGGGGGAUCGGGCCCAGGCAGCUCCGGUGGCCCGAGCCCCAGUGCGGCAUCAACAGCAGCGGCGGCAGUCUCUGGCGUGGGCGGCUCUCUGUGCAGCUUGGCCUCCCAUUCGACCCCCUGCUCGCAGCCGGAGACAGCUGUCAGCAUGAGCAAGAAGAGCAGGCUGGAUGAGCUCCAGCCCGGAGGAGAGGACUGGAAUACAGGUGGAGGUGGUGGACUGGUGAGCAAACCCUCCAGAGGGUGGCUACACUCGAGCGAGAAGAUCUCCGGUCCAGGGGUGACAUACAUUGUUAAGUAUCUGGGCUGUAUAGAAGUUCUUCGGUCAAUGAGAUCGCUGGAUUUCACCACAAGGUCACAGAUAACAAGGGAAGCCAUCAGCCUGGUGUGUGAGGCUGUUCCAGGGACCAAAGGAGCUCUGCGGAAGAGAAAGCCACCGUCCAAAGCUCUGUCGAGUAUCCUGGGCAAGAGCAACCUGCAGUUCGCUGGCAUGUCCAUCAACCUGAACAUUUCCACCAGUAGCCUCAACCUGAUGACCCCCGACUGCAAACAGAUCAUUGCCAACCAUCACAUGCAGUCCAUCUCCUUCGCAUCAGGAGGAGACCCUGACACAACAGAUUAUGUUGCCUAUGUAGCAAAAGACCCAGUUAACAGAAGAGCGUGUCACAUCCUGGAGUGCGCUGACGGACUGGCCCAGGACGUCAUCAGCACCAUCGGCCAGGCCUUCGACCUUCGCUUUCAGCAGUAUCUGCAGUGUCCCUCAAGCAAGCUGUCCUCCACACACGACAGGGUAUUAAACGUGGAGGAGUUACCAUGGACUGAAGAAGAGGAGGAGUCAGCUGAACAUCCGUACUAUAACAACAUCCCUGGAAAGAUGCCCCCACCUGGAGGCUUCAUUGAUACCCGGCUGACCAAUCAGAAUGCAGCAGCUGAUGGAUGCCAGGUGGGCCCAGGUUCGGUAGAUCAGACAUAUUACCAGGGGCGGCACUGUGGAGAAAACUGGGGAGAUGAAAGAAAGCCCAUAUUCUUACAACAGGGAUCAUUUGACAUAAGCAGUCUGCCGGAGAGUAAAGGUCAGGCACCGAAAACAGCCGAGAUGCCCAUGUACGUGAACACGCAGCAGAUUGAUGCCCAGGUUCUCGCAGUCCUCCAGGCAGAGGCGGAGAAUGUGACCAAGGGCCUGGCAGCUGCAGCCAAAGACAGCCCACGGAAGGACCUGUUUGACAUGAAGCCCUUUGAGGAUGCGAUACAUUCCCAGUCCCAUCCGCCGGGCCAGGGACAGGCCCAGUCCCAGGUGUCUGGUCUUCACAAGGCGGCGUCCAUGGAUAACUCGAGCCCUCUUCUAGUGCGUUCACUGGCCUUCCGGGCGCAGGAGGAGCUGGAGGGCAAGACAUGGUAUCACGGCAAAAUGAGCCGUCGCGACGCUGAGAAGCUGCUCAGAGAAGACGGGGACUUCCUGGUCCGCAAGAGCACGACCAACCCUGGGUCCUAUGUACUGACGGGCAUGCACAAUGGACAUGCCAAACACCUGCUGCUGGUGGACCCGGAGGGCACGGUACGGACAAAAGAUCACAUAUUUGACAGCAUUAGCCACCUUAUUGGCCAUCACCGUGACAACAAUCUGCCUAUUGUGUCGGCCGGGAGUGAACUGUGUCUCCUGCAGCCUGUUGGGAGGAAACAGUGAUGCUUGUGAGGCCUGACGGUAAACAGGAAGCUCUGAACAGUCUCUCCUACAUCCUGAAACUUGAAGAUGACACAUGAACAGAAGAUGCUUAAAGGCUCUACGCACUGCGGCGGUGUUUAUGGGAGAAGUUGUCCCGCGGUGACUUCACAGGAGGCGCUGGAAGACGCAAGAUUUGUCUAAGAUGAAAAAAGUAUUUAUAGAACUGUUAUUUUGUUGUGAUGACUGAAAUGCUAUAUUUUUGAGAAGACAUAAGUGCAUUUGGACAUACUAUCUUGAUUUGGUGUUUUAAAAGAUAUAAAAAAUAGACAGUUGUUCUUGUAGUUUAGAUGAAUUCAAACCUCAAAGAGGUGUUAACAAGCGUAUUUUAGAAUACAAACCUGAAAUUUUAGUUUUGCCUGUCAAGCACAACCACAUUUCUACAGGAACUGUUGGCUAAGAUGUUGGAAACAAAAUCAGUUUGGACCACAAAGGCAGUUUCUAAUGAAUUUAGGAGAAAAAUGUCCUUUAACGUCACCAAUAGCGUUACAGCUCACUCAAUUAGUCACUUUAUGAAAUCUGCUUUCAUUGGAAAUUAGAAAUGAAUGUGUUUUGCUUUGCAGUAGUGACAAAGUUUUGGGGUGUGAACAGACAUCCUUCAUAUAUAGUGCUCUCAAUGGCUUUAAAGAUAAUCUUUUUUAUAAAGGUAUUUUCUUGUGUCACAGUCGCAUGACUUCAAAUCAACUGUUAUUGUGGACAUUGUUCGUAGACCUUGAUGCCCCUUUGUUUGGAAGAGGUGCUUGUGUAUGCUGACACUGUAAAAUAUUUAUGCUUUUCAACUAGGGAUUAUUUGGAAUUGGUCUCCUCUGGAUUCUUCUCUUAGGUGUGUAGUCAAUCAUUUGAGUCAUUUUCAACGUCUUAAUUCAAAUUUCUUGCUCUUUGUGAACUUUUAAAGGUACUUUAUGUAACAAUCAAAAGAAAUAUUUUCUAGUAAUGACGUCAGUCAGCAUCCUGUUGAGGAGUUGUGUGUGUAUGUGUGUGUUCGCACGCUAUUGGUUGGCACGAGGGAGGAUGCCGGCCAUCGGCCAAAAUAUUGACGUGACAGACAUUGAAAAUAAUCAUGAUAGAUGGCGUCAUGUUCCUAGAUGACAUAGCUUAAGUUACAGUUUCACCAUAAACUGUAUCAUUAUAAGUUUAUUAAUCAAACUCCUCUUAUUGGAUAAAACAUUGACUUGCUGUUCGCUAGCCAGCCCACUUUAUUAAUCGAUAUUUUUGUAGCUUCCACCAACAGGCUCUGCAAAGUUAUCAAGGCUAAAUAUACUGGAUGACAAUGCUAAUGGUUCCAACUAAAGGUGUCACAACUCACAACUCUUAUUUCUCUAAAUUGACAUGCUAAUGUUUCUGUAUAUUAGAAGUUGAGAUCAAAGACUUUAAAUAAAGAUGGACGACACAUCUCCACUUUUCCAACUAUCCAGAAUUAAGCCAAAUUAUCUCUGAUACAAAAGCUUCCAUCUUGCACUUUUGGUGCCAAAGUCUAGCAGAAAGAAAGACAUUUUGGAAAUUUUGGAAAAAAAUCAAUUUGUCGUUUGCGCUUGACAUUUUAGGAGCAGUCGAGGUUUAUGACCUGUACUGCAGCCAGGCAGCAGGUAGCGAUGGGGACAUUUUUGGCUUCACGUUUGGAAAGCAGUGAUGUUUCUCCAUCUUUAUAAACAGUAUAAUUGAUACAAUGAUAUUCCUAAGAUAACUUCAGUCAUGAACAGAUGACAGGACACACAACAUCGACAUAGAAACUGUAAGAUAAUAAGUUCCAAUACGUUGUCUUGUGCUGGGAGCAAGUCAUUAAAUUGUGUUAUGGGACUCCAUUUCUAAGCUGGCGUUAGCUAGUUUUUCACUCUGUUGGUCCUUUGGAUUUUCCCAAAUGAGUCCUUUACAUGGAACACCAGUCCACAGGCUGUUAGAAGCAACCAUGAUAACAAUUAGUACAUAUUAGUGCUUUACAUUCUCACAUAUAGUACCUUUAAAAUAUUGUUAUUAUUUGAAUGAUCCCAAAUGAAUAGCACAAUCAGAAAAAAACUGUUAGAUCAUCUGUGUCAGUAGUAUCCAACAAAUCACCCACGUGUUUAGAUGUAAUUUACACUUUACUAAUUAGAAAAAUGUUGAUUACACACAGAAUGCUCAAUAUUACUCAUGACAGACGUUAAUGUCGAUAUCUUAGGGCAGUGUUGCCUUAUGCCACUAGAUGUCAUCACAGAAACACUUGUGAAACACCACCUCAGUCAGUCACACUCACUUCAGGUCCCUUAUACGUAUCACCUAGUAGAAGAGGAUGCUAUUAUGUAUUGCUUGGUGAAAUCUGACUCCACCUGUAUAGAGGACAGCUCACAGUUAACUUGCAUUUUGAAGUCCACUAUACACAAUCUUUCCUCAGAACAGUUUAUGUUAUUUAGGUUACACAGACGUUUUUGUAGAGUUGGAAUCAAAAAUCUGAAGAAAAAUAGGCUUAUAGAGAUAAUACACUCAUCCUUAUAGUAUUAUCAGUACUCUGAUGGAUACCAAAUGAAUGGGGCAUUGUAUUUGAUAUGCACUGGACCACUUCAAUUGAACCAAAAUCAGCAUGUGUUCAAUGGGUUUGACAAGACAGAUGCAAUGUAAUAUAACGUGCCUGUAUUUUGCUGCAAGAGGGAGUGUACAGUACAUGCAUCGAUGACAAACACAUAUUAAGCGUUGGGUAUUGUAUUGGGAUAAUUUGAAAAAAAAUCACCACUUUUGCUCAAAGUCCUUGUGUCCUGUCAGAAAAAUUUAAUAUUUUUCUGAGGGAGAGGGACGCAAAGAACGAUUACAUUUUUUUAGAUGUUUUUUUUUCAUUUACCUGCCACAUCUUUUAAUUUGUCUUAUUUUUUGUGACAUGAUGUCAUCAAAUCUAAUAUAGCGGGAGAUGGAAUCACGCGCACUAUUCUAAUAUAAUGCAUUAUUUUCGGGAUCUGUGACUGGAAAGUGAAUUUGUGGAAUCACCUCGGCAAAAUGUGCAAUGUUUGGAACAAAGUGUGUACAACAGCAGGAACAACUUUCAUACUUGAAUCUCUCGAUUAGCUGCGCGGUGUCAACAAAGGAUGGAACCAACCCGACACGCUGGGACACAAAUAAGAACAUGGCUUCUUUCCAGAUUUCUGUUGAUGAAAAUGUGCCUUUUAUUUGUACAA